AUGAACCGUCUGGCUUUGGCCCAUCCCAAGAUACGGCGCCUGGCCUUCAGUCGUCAGGCGCUGUUCGUCGGCCUCGCCAUAUGCUUCGUCUGGUUCGUCACCGUGUCGAUGCGCAACGAUGUUUCAGAGCACUGGUCACGGCUCGGCCUUCAGCUUCCCGAUCUGCGGAAACAACCACAACGGAUGCCAACUCACAAUGUCCUACCACCACUCGCUCCGCGCAUUCCCUGUUACGGUCCCCGUGGACACCUUCUGGGACAUAGCCCCGACGACGACCUUGUUGAGAAGGAGAUUGAUGGCCCCUACCCAAUCCCAUUUGCCGGCUCCUUUGAGGCCCUCGGCUUUGACUUGACCUACAUGACGGCCGAAAACCGCUACGGACCCUAUGGCUACGGCGAAAACAAGGAGGACUACAAGCGCCAAAAGGUCGACUGGGCCAACCUUGACUGGGGCAAGCUGCAGAAUGAGUGCUUUUACCGAAACCGAGAGCGCUUCCCCGAAGCCGCCGAGCCAUUGAACGACACGCGCAUCGAGACCCGAUUCACCUACCGAAAGAACGCCCCUUUCUCGGAAAUCAGGCACUGGCACGAAUUCGAGCCAAGCAGGAGGACCGCCAUUGUGGUGCGCGUGUGGAAGGGAUACGAGUACUCGUCUGAGGAUAUGUACUACAUCCGCUCGCUCAUUGCUGAAACGUCGCUCAAGUCCGGUGGCGAGUACCAGGUCAUUCUUCUGGUCGACAUGAAGGAUUACGAGGGAUACAAGCCCGAGAUUUUUGCUUCGAGAGAGCUGUACGAGCAAGGUCUGAAGGAUGCCGGCGUUCCUCCCGAGUUUGCCUCGAUUGCGAUUCUGUGGGACAACCGGCUCCUGGACAGCUGGUACCCGGACGUUGAGGAGCAUCGCACCAUGUGGCAGGUGUUCCAGCCCAUGCAGCUCCUCGCGCUCUUUUACCCCGAGUUUGAUCACUGGUGGCAGGUCGAAAUGGACAUGCGCUUCAUGGGUGAUGCCGGCAAGAUGCUCGACAGGCUGGCACUCUUUGCGCGCGAGGAGCCCCGCAAGCAGGCCCUCGAGCGUGCCACUUUCUGGCAUAUGAUUAACGAAAUCGGAGAUUACGAAGAAUUCUCAAAGCAGGUCGACAAGGCGAACAACGGCGGGUCUUUGGCUUGGGGUCCCAUGAGAGUGAGGGAGAUCUUGCCCAUUGGGCCCGAGCCUCCGGUAUCCGACCCGCGCAACGAAACCUUCCGCUGGGGCGUCGGCGAAGAGGCUGACGUGAUCACGACUUCGUACUGCAACGACGCCAACAAACCGAAUAGCUGGGUGUUCAAGGAGUGGAUUUACGGCUUUAAGAAAGGCGUUCAGACACCCCGCUACUACUGCCCACCAGCCAUCAUGCGUGGCAGCAGAACGCUGCUCCUGGCCAUUCACCAAGCCCAAGUCGAGCAAGGGAUCCGUGUGCCAAGCGAGGCCACUCUCCCAAGCUUUGCGCUCUGGCACGGACUCAAGCUCAGCUUCCCUCAGCACCCCGUCUUCCACCGCGACAACGGCGAUGACAAGAUGCAGGAUGAGUGGUGGCGCGGUGGUCCCCAGGCCAGCAAAUCCGGCAACGGCCCCGACAAUCUCGACCACCCUCGGGGCAUGGGCCUGACUUUCUGGUGGGAAUCGGACUUCCCUCGUCAAAUCUUCAGCGCGUGGACAGGCCGCAAGCUGGAGGAGGACGUCGACUUCCCCUGGUUAUUACAUCAGCAAGACGGGCAAAUAUUUGCACCCAAUAUCAUAAUGCAUCCGAUGAAGCACAUCAAGGACGACCAGGAAUGA